GUGCAAGAAUAUUGCAGUUGGAUUCUGUUAUUUCUUGGAGUGCCGAGUGAAUGCUAUGAUGUGCAAGGGCAGCCCCAGCAGUGCCACCUGUCAGUGUCCAUCAGUGACAGCUCUCAGUGCUCAUCCAUGCCACAUAUCAGUGCCCAUCUGAGCUGCCUAUCAGUGCCAGUCAGUGCCGCCUAUCAGUGCCAUAUGAGUGCUGCCUUUCAGUUCCCAUCAGUGAUGCCUGUCAAUGCCCAUCGGUGCCACCUACCAGUGCAGCCUAUCAGUGCCCAUCACUGCAGCCUCAUUAGCGCACAUAAGUGAAGGAGAAAAAUCACUUAUUUACAAAAUUUUAAAA